ACAGACGAAAAUGGUCGCGAGUAUGAAAGUCAAAUUAUUCUAUACUGCCAUUGUGGUUUUGAUAGCUUCAGUUAUAAGUGAUGAUAAUCUGGACAAGAUCUAUAAAGAAUGUUAUACCGAAUCCAGUGUUACAAAAGAUCAAAUGACAGCCUUCGUCAAUAGUGGCAUGAAGGAGCAACUCGCAACAAAUGAAGUUAAGUGCUUCAUCAAAUGUGUUAUGGAAAAACAUGGAGCUUUCAAAAAUGGACAAUUUAUUGCUCAGGAAUAUGCAGCCUUGUUAAAAUCAGUACCAACAUAUAAAGAUCGUGCAGUAGAUAUUGAUAAGGCUAUUAAGGAAUGUAAUAAUCUGAAGGGAGCUAAUGAUUGUGACACUGCUCACAAAAUUGCAACUUGUAUUACUGAACAUGGUUUCACUGAAUAAGAGUUUCCUAGAAAAAAUAUUAAUAUAAUAUAUUAUAUGUAUAAUAUUGCAUUCAUAUAUUUUGGAGUACAUGCAGACGAGUAUUUGUUAUUCCAGUGUAUAUUACCAAAUAA